GCACGUGUUUUAUUUUGUUUAUGCACGAUUUUUGCUAUUAAAAUGCAGUAAUGUUUGUCAACGAAGUAAACGAUGUGAAAAUUUAUAACCUAAGCGCCGGCAAAUCGGUGCCAGAUUGGCUCACCGAUCGCCGCAAGCGCUCACAGCUGAAGAAGAAGGCGGACUCCCGGCGCCAGAUUGAACUAAUACAAGACUUUGAGAUGCCAGGCGUCUGUACCAGCAUACGGAUGAGCCCGGAUCAACAGUAUAUACUGGCGACAGGCACGUAUAAGCCACGUGUUAAAUGCUUUGAGGUCUCCAAUCUGUCCAUCAAAUUUGAGCGCUGCUUCGACUCGGAGGUGACCACGUUUGAGGUGAUAAGCGAUGAUUACAGCAAAAUGGUGUUCCUGCAAUGCGAUCGCUAUGUAGAAAUCCAUGCGGCACACGGACGACACUACAGGCUUCGCAUUCCACGCUUUGGUCGUGACAUGAAGUAUCAUAAGCCCAGCUGUGAUAUGUACAUUGUGGGCGUGGGCAGGGAUAUCUAUCGCCUUAAUUUGGAGCGUGGCCAGUUUCUACAGCCGUAUGAAUCGGACGCGAGUUGCUUGAACGCUUGCGAGGUAAAUCCUGAGCAUCAGCUGCUUACGGUGGGUAGCAAAGAGGGCACAGUUGAGGCUUGGGAUCCACGCAUGAAACAGCGUUGCGCCACCUUAGAUGUGGCCAUUAAACUGCCUGACGUCAAAGUGUUCCCCUCUGUCACAGCACUCAAAUAUCGCAAUGGUCUGCAAAUGGCCGUUGGCACUGGCUCGGGACAUGUGCUGCUGUACGAUAUACGCUCUCGCCAGCCGCUGCUUAUCAAAGAUCAUUUAAACAAGGUGCCCAUCAAGCGACUGGCAUUCAAUCCGACACAGAAUGCUGUCUACAGCUUAGAUGAAGCUACGCUAAAGCUAUGGGAUGAGCAGACCGGCAAGCAAAUUGCCUAUGUGGAGUCUACGUCGUCUUUUAAUGACUUUUGCACCAUACCCGAUACGGGCAUGUUCUUUUUGGCCCAAGAGGAUGUCAAAAUGUUGACAUACUAUGUGCCGGCCAUGGGCCCAGCGCCGCGCUGGUGCAGCUUUUUGGAUAAUCUUACCGAGGAGAUUGAAUCGGAGGUUGUGGAGAACGUCUAUGAUGAUUAUCAGUUUAUUACACAAAAGGAACUCGCCGAACUGGGCCUGGAGCAUCUCAUAGGCAGCAAUCUGCUCAAGGGCUACAUGCAUGGCUACUUUAUGGAUGUGCGGCUGUACAAUAAGGCAAAGGCUGUGGUGGAACCGUUUGCCUUUGAUCGCUUCCGUAAAGAGAAAGUCCGCCAGGAAAUUGAGAGCGAGCGCAAAUCGCGUUUGCAAAUUGAAUCCAAACUACCCAAGGUUAACAAGGAGCUGGCACUUAAGAUUAUGGACGAACAGGCGAAUCCCUCAAAUAGCGCCAAGCAACGCAAUAUGCCCAGUUUGCUGCAAGAUACACGUUUCAAGGCGAUGUUCGAGAACAGUGACUUUGCUGUCAACAAGGAGGCCGAGGAGUAUCGUCUGCUUGCGCCAGUGCUCAAUCGCCUGGACAAAUCUAAGGCGAAGGCGAUUAAACAGCGCAUUGAGGUUGCACGCGUCUCUGAGCUGCACGCAGAGGAGGCGCAGACGCGCGAGGAUAGCGAUAACGAUGAGGAUCUGUUUGGCUUUGAGAAGAGCGAUGGCGAUAGCGAGGCGAGUAGCGGCGAUGAAGCCUCCUCAGAUGAUGAGGAUAGGCGUGAGUAUGUCAAAGAAAUGAAGCAGGCCUACAAACAGGUCAAGCAGCAACGUGAUGACGAGGAAGAAGCAGAGCAGCAAGCAGAGAACGAUGAUGAGGAACCGGAUGGUCCGGAUGAUUAUGCGGCGCCACUGGCAAAUGGCAAUUACAACAACACAUCCAGCAGUCGCGCGCAAUUCAAGCUAACGCCGCUGGACAAUAGUCAUGGCAACAGCGAGGUGGAGCAACGCAUCAAACAGGCCAGUCUACAGGAUCGCGUGCGCGUCAUGACCAGCCUGGAAGGACAAGUGACCAAUGUGGGUCGCUCCCUGGGCAAUCGUCAAAUGACCUUCGAGGUGAAUAGAGAAAAGAAGAACCAGCAUAUGGUAAAGAAACGCGAAGCGGAGCUGAAAAAGCAUCGCGAGGAACGCAGAGGCAUUGUGAGGAAUAUUAAAUCCCUAAGAUUGAAAAAGGUUAAUUUUAAGUAGAAUUUCAUGGACAGUGCUUGUACAUAAAGUUUUAAUUUAUGUAAAAAAAAAAACAUCGUUAACUG